AUGGAAGACCCAGUGGUGCGGCCUUCGGUGUUCGUGGUAGAUGGACAGACUGGCAUCCCAUUCACCAGGCUGGGGCGCGGCCAUCAGAGCCGAGCCUGCAGUGCUGGUCAGCUGGGCCUGGGCCUUCUGUUGCUGCUUCUGUGCAUAGGGCUGGCCUUGCAGGGCUGGUUCCUGCUGCACCUGCACUGGCGGCUGGACAGGGUGGAUGUGCUCCUACCGACCGGAGACGCUGGCUCCUGGGAGCAGCUGAUUCGAGAACGGCGUUCCCACCAGACCAACCCAGCCGCACACCUCACAGGGGCCAAUGCCAGUUGGACAGCCACUGGGGGUCCACUGCUGUGGGAGACACAGCUGGGCCUGGCCUUCCUGAGGGGCCUGGACUAUCGCGAUGGGGCCCUGGUGAUGUCCCAGCCUGGCUACUAUUACAUCUAUUCCAAGGUGCAGCUGGGGGGCCUGGACUGCCCUCAUGGAAAGGCCAGAAACUUGCCAGUCACUCACAGCCUCUACAAACGCACGCCCCGCUACCCUGAGGAACUGGAGCUCCUGGUCAGCCGGCAGUCCCUCUGCAGGCAGGCAGCCAGCCCCCGGAUCUGGUGGGACAGCAGCUUCCUGGGUGGUGUGGUGCACCUGGAAGCUGGGGAGGAGGUGGUGGUUCGUGUGACCGAACAUCACCUGGUCCGCCUUCGAGACGGGACACGGUCCUACUUUGGGGCGUUCAUGGUGUGAUGCCAGCGGUCGUAGAGGGUGCUUCCGGGGGACACCGACAGACCUUGGGGGAAAUCUGGGGGACUCCCAAACUCAGCAGGUACCACCAAGGACCAAGCACAGAGCCGCUUGCAAGACUGAAGGAUCAGAAGGCGCCUGCAGAGGUCCAGCC